UUCACGUGACACACCCAGAUUCAGUGACCCAAACGUGGCCCAAAACACUGGACCCUUUGUCAGAAGUCUCUACAUGUCACCUUAACCUCCGCAGCAGCUCUCCGACUCUGCGCUCCCCGUUUCUUACUCCCACCAUCAUGAAGGCCAUCAUGGUGCUCAUGUACACCUUGAAGGUCAACAUCCUUCAGAUCUUGGUACGAAACAGCCAGAACCACUCGAUCUCGCUCAACUACAUCGACAGCUCGUUGUUCGAAGCUUCGGCCAGCACUAGGUGCCCGGACGAGUAUGCCGACCUGUCGUUCGUGAACAACAUCACCGAAGUGCCGUUUGUGUGA